UACGCCUGUCGCUUAACAAAGAAGACCGGAAGGGGGGACAAGAGGAGGGCGGACUCCGUCAAAACGAAAUGGAAUGGAGGACGAAGUCAAUGACGACCGGGCCUCCUGAGAUCCACCAUGAAUCUCCAGUUGCUCUCUACUUCGGAUUACCAUUUAAUGGCGUCCAUUCCCCUGAAGAAGAAGAAGAAGAAGAAGAAGAAGAAGACCCUUCAUGUUAUCUUCACUCUUUGUUUGUCGAGCCACCUCCUCCUCGUUCCUUCAAGUCCCUUCCCUUCGAAAACGAAGCUUCACUGAGAAAAACUGAUGGCGCAACAGCGCUCACAGUUGCCGACAUUUGGAAACUGGGAAAACGGAGAUAGUGUUCAUUAUACAGCCUACUUUGAGAGAGCAAGAAAGGGAAAAGGCCACGCGAAAAGAAACCCAGAUGGUGCUCAGAGCGAUAACGAAACGUAUGUAACUAGUGAACCUAGUACCAAAACCUCUUCUAUCCAGAAGGAGGUCGACCUAGGUUCACAGAAAGUUGCAGAGCCAGAGGCUGCAAUGUCGAAGCACAAGCACUACAGAAGUGGAUACGAAGCUGACCGGAAGAGACUCAUCGGUUCACCUCUGCAUCGUGGAGCCACUGGUGGAAGAACUGCCUCCAGCGCGUCUCGACCAUAUAGUAGUGGCGUAAGAAAGCCCCAAAGCGAAGCUGAACAGGUUAUGAAGGGGCAAACUGCAAGGAGGCCAAGCCAUGAGUAUCGGAUUAGAGUGGAAGAAGAUGGUCAUCGCAGGAGGAGGUUUAGUGAUUCCACGCUGCAUCGAGACCCUAGAUAUGGCAGAGUCGCUGCUGAAUCGCCUGUCCAUCAUGACGGUGGAAUGAUAUCUCGUAGUACCCCAAACAGAUUGGUGUGGCAAAAUCCAUGGGUGGAGCACAUCGAGUCCUCUACUCACCGCACACAACAUCUAGCUAGUGUUGGGGGUGGAGGAGGUCGAAUGUCUACUCCAGUGCGGGAGAAGAGGUACUCAUUCACAUGUAGCGGACACAGCGCAGCUCCCAUGACUCCGGGAAGAUCUCGUCUCAAAUCAGUUACCCGAGGAGAUAAAACACCUAAUCACAUCACAGCCGUUCCUAAAUUCGGAGAUUGGGAUGAGACAAACCCUUCCUCUGCUGAUGUAUACACGGAUGUAUUUGAUCGUGUGGUGGAGGAAAAGAAGGGUGCCGCAAGAACAGCACCAGUGACUACAACCGAGGCCCCUCGUUCCAUCCGUCAGCACUCGAGUGUUGAUACAAGGUCCGAGUCUCAAGGAUGUUGGUGCUUUCCAUGGCGAGGAAAAUGAUAUCUGAGAUGCUCAGAAACGCGCCACAACCUGUUUAUCGGUCCGCACAACCUGCGCGGGAUUUGUCUGUACCGAGAGAUAAAAGUAUGCGUAAUUUAUUCUGUAGUGAGCAUUCGAAGUAUUGACAAUAGGAGGCUCGAAGAAACAAAUGUUGUGCAUUCAUUAGGUUUUUCUCGCAUUUGCCAAAUUCUGCUUUUCCUUGUAUUGUAUUCAAUGCAUUUCAUGUGUAUAAUGGUAAUAAUACGCAGCUGAGUUGGUAUUCAGCUGGCUUCUUCUAA